CGAGAACGAGAACGAGAACGGAGGCGAGUAAGCCCGCGAGGAGCAAUGCAACACGAAUGCAACCAGCAACUCGCAAACAAGACACGACGCGUUUCUUUGGAAGACUUUUGCAAUACAGGAAUUGCAACAACAUUGAAAAMGUAUUUGGUGCACGCAGCGACAGUGCUUGCUACGCAACACUUGUUGCCGUGCUUCGACGGAAAGCACGGCCGGAUUCGACCCCGGGAGAGGUGUGGAAGGAGAGUUCCAAGCAACUCCGGGGCAAUCCAAGGAUCGGGAUGGACCGGACCGGACCGGACCGGAUUUGUGUCUCUACCGUUCUCCAUAGUUGUGCRCAGUAACACUAGUAGUAGAUCUGUACUACCCUAUUACGGUAAUAGGAUUUUAUUUUGCGCUUGUUUGCUCCUUGCGGUUGGUUCGUGAUAUGAUGCGAUCAAAGUAUCGAAUCAAGCCAACUUCUCUCG